UACUCGGAGUCAUGAAAUUCAGAUCGCAUUCAUGACGCGAAUGCUCUCCUGCUCCGUGCCCCCCAGUGUCCAUAUCGACGAUGGCGCACAUCGGCGUGGAGGCAUCCGCGGUGUCGAUACUCAAGAGAGCGGUUGACUACGAUCAGCAAAGCAGAUAUACAUCGGCCCUCGUAUGUUAUCAGGAAGGGAUUCAGCUGCUACUCGACGUUCUCAAAAUUACUGGAGACGAUGAGCAGAAGCGACAGCACAUACGGGGGAGGAUAAAGUCUUACAUGGACCGGGCGGAAGAGAUCAAACGUCUCAUACAGAAAGAGAAGGAUGCGGGUACGUUCACCGAGAAGUUCAGUAUACCGGAUGGCUCCAGGAAUUUCGGCUACGAAGCAAUAAUGGGACAGCUGCUUGACAGCGGAGUUCGAACUGUGGAAGUCGAGGAUCCGUACAUCAUGGCAACGCACCAGAUAAUCAACUUCAUUAAAUUCUGCGAGAUGUUGAUCAUAAAAUGCAAAAAUCUCAGCAAGAUAAAACUCAUGACGAAGGUCAAUGAACGAGGUUCGCCAGCUGAGCAGAAAGAGAGGUUGUCUCAGCUCGCAACAAGUCUGAAAACGCACAAAGUAGACCUUGAGUUGAUAUUCUCGACGACUCUACACGACCGGGAAAUCAGAUUCGACACCGGUUGGAUAGUGAAAAUUGGCAGGGGACUGGACUACUUCAAACCGACUCCGUCAAUGUUCAGUGUCGGGCACUUCGACCUUAAUCUGAGGGAAUGUCACGAAACAACUGUCAAUAUUUUCCACACGAAGCACUUGCGACAUAACUAACUGCUGUCAAGAAGAAGCUCCAUAGGACUCAGCCAUCAUAAAAACAUAAAAUCAUUAUUCAAAUGUUUCUGAAGACCUGAACAUAAGGCGCGGAACAAAUGACUUGGUAUAUAUUUUUCUAAUAAUGAGUCUCAUCCCAAUCUGGAAAUUUCGUUUCCGGUGUACAA